UGCUUGUUUACUUACUUACAGCCCUGAAGGUAACCCAGACGCGACCUUUAAAAGGCAUUUACGUGCUUGUAAAACAUCCUAUUGGACUUACUUGAAUUCCACUGCAUUCGAUGAAUAGAGAAACUUUGUAAGCUUACUCACAUACUACAUACUACAUACCAUUUUGGUACCUACAUUCGUGUCUCGUUAGCUUGUCCUCUUAGGAGGCCAGUAAUUAUCAUAACUACGAGAUGGGAGAUCAGCAAGAUCUUCCCAUCGCGCUUCGUCGCACGCCGCGGCUCAGUGUUGGAAGAUCAGUUUCUUCGGAGUUAUCACGAUUGGAAACAGCCGCGACAAGUUUAAGGACCCCAAGUAAACCCAGAUCUAAGAAACGAGUCCGAUUUUCAGACCCGGGUCCAGAAAUCGAACACCACGAUGCGGCCUCGACAACGGGACUAACACCCAUGGUCCGCCGCACAACUCUAAGCGCUACCCCUUCGUCGAAACGUAGGCGACGCUCAGAACCAAUGAGUCGAAAAACUUACCCAGGUAGUGAAAUGGGCGAGCAAAGCCAUAACAAUAAUGGAAAUGGCAGCAACGAAAUACGAUUUCUCUCCCUACGCCAAGUUCUCGACGAUCGCGUUAAGAGGCGCAUACGUCGGAACGGGUUGAGCGAGGAGAUGAAUACAAUUACCCAAGAGAAGCGGCGGCGCACGCAGGAUCAGAAAACCGAGUUGGAGCGUCUACAGCAAGAGCUCGCGGAGAAAGACCACGAGAUCGAGAGACUGCAGAAUACCACCGUGGCUCAAGAUACAGAGCGCAUCAUGGAGCUAGAGUACGAGAUCGACUCGCUCAGAAACGAACUACGCAGGAAAUCCGUACCUGAACCCAAUCCCGACCAGACACAGCGUUACGACUGGACCAUGGCCGCAAGGGAUCCGUUCUCCGAUAGCUACAUGGACGACGACGACGGCUUCGGGGACACCACGAUGGCGGAUCUAGUAUGCAGCACCCCAUCCAAGAACAACCGCGCAUCAGCAUCCUUCCCCACGCCACCAUGCACCAGCCCCACGAUCCCAUUCACCCCGUCAUCCACGCGGAGAGACGACCCCGUAACACCGCAAUUCCACAGCGGGCCCGGGAUGCAAACCGACAUGGGCGUGCAAACAUCCUUCAUCUUCCCCUCACCAGACGAGCAAGAAGAGAAACAAGCCCUCGAAGCCGAGCUCGGAUCGCUGCGUCUCGAACUCACCAAGCUAACCGAAGUGCUCGAGACCCACGAAGCGCUGAAGUCGCGGCUCGCAGAAAAGCUGACCUGCGCACAACCCCCCUCAUCUUCAUCUUCAACACCAGUAGAAGCGGGGUCCAUGGACGUCGAAGCCCAUCUCGACACAGUCCUACAGUCCCUCUCGGACCGCACCGCCGCGCUGCUCGACCUCAACACCUCCCUCAGCGCGCUCGGCUUCCCCGGCUCCGACGCCGGCGAAAUGAUCGUUGCGCUGACCAGCGCCUUCCGCUCCGCGCGGCUGGAGCUGGAGUACCUGACGCCGGGGGAGCUAACGCUGCCGCUCUCCGCGCACGGCGCGCAGAUCCUGGAUUUGGUGCUUGUGCGGCUGCGCGAGCUGGCGAAGCAGGUUCGGGAGGACGAGGACGCGAUCGACGAGUACCAUGCGCUGGAGCUGUCGUUGCGGCAGCAGCUCGGGGCACGGGUCGAUGCGAUGGAUAGUAUGCGGCUGAAGCGGGAGGAGGAUGUGCGGGAGCGGGACGCGAGGAUUGAGGAGUUGGAGGUUGGGGUUGAGAGGAUGAAGGGUGCGGCGGAGGGGUAUAGACGCGAGGUUAAGGAGUUGGAGGGGUUGGUGGUGAGGAUGGAGGAGGAGGGGAAGAGCGAGGCUACGCGGUUGAGUGCUGAGCUUGCGGGGGCGAGGGCGGAGGUGGAUUGUGAGAGGGCGGGUGCGAGGAAGUUGGAGGCUAGGUUGGUCGGUGUGAGGGAGCAGGCGGAGGCGUUUAGGAUACAGUUGGUGGAGCUGCAGCAGAGACGGACGUGCGAGGUUAAGGCGCUGAAUAAGUAUCAUGGCGCGGCGCUUGCGGUGAGGGAUGCGAGGGUGCUGGAGUUGAGGAGGGAUAUCGAGAGUAUGGGGAGGAGUCUGCAUGAGGCGCAUUUGAUGGUGCAGCGGUUGAGGGUUGAGAACUUGGGGUUGAGCGAUCGGGUCGAUGAGGAGAGGAAUAGGGCUACGGCUGCUGUUGACUCGAUGAAGGCAGAGCUCGAGAGGGUAUUGCGGAUGAGUGCGGAGUUUCUCGCUACGCCUGUCAAGGCGAGUGGUAGUAGUCGGAGCGGUUCAGGAAGGAGGAGUGUCGCUGUCGGUUGCAGUGUUGGUGUUGAUGCUGCUUCUGGUGGUAGCGGGGAAGAGGUAGAGGCAGAGCCAGAGAGCGAGACUACGACGCCUGAGGGUAGUCCCCUGAGCUCGGGGUCAUACCUCGCUGGCGCACUGGCAAAGUCGGCAAAGGGAAAGAAGAAGCGGAAGUAUGAUAGCGGCUUGGGACUACUCGAUGAGGAUGAAGAUGGUUCCGUUGACCUGGUGUAAAAUGCCUCAUGAUCACACACAUCGCGCAUCACACGUCGCUCACAUAUCGCACAUGCAGUCAUGCAUUUCACUGUAUCUUCUUUGUACAAUCAUCCAUAUCUACCUGCCUAAGUACAGACAUCACUUGUUUCUCGUUUAUCGUUUAUCGUCUAGGCGUUUUGUUUAUUGUUUCCUGUUUCCUGUUUCUUGUUUGCUAUCUACCGGCGUUGGAUCUAGAAGACUGCCGGAACUAAUUUGGAGGCAGUCGGCAAUGGCGUGUUUGUGAUGCUAUAGCAGCACCGGAUUACUCUUAUGGAUUGGGCCUAGUCCUCUGUGUUGAUACCGCGAUGCUAGGCCUCAUCAAGGCCUCGCCUAUUUUGACGAACGGAUUAUAACUCCUAGCGCUUAAGCACUGUAUAUUCACAUACAUACUACAUCUAACUACUGC